AAAACGCAUUAGCCAAUGACAGUUGAAGGAGAAAAUGGGCGUGGUAAGGGCUCUUAUUUCUGGUUGCCAAGGAUACACAAGAACUGGUCGUUGGUUUGAACGUAAGAAUCUUACUAAGUAGUUUGUCUCGUUAAGGUUACAAUUAAUGUAUUAGGUUUCUUAGAAAUUGGAGUGUAAAUUGUAGUCAUGCUUGGUUUCAUCGGGCACAAUAGAACUAAAGUCUUGAAUGCCUGAUGUGAUAAACUCAGUCCACCAUGGAUGUUAAUACUGAGUCUCCUAAAAUUGACCCCGACGCGGCAAAAGAGAGUGAGCAGCAUCUAAGCGAAGAUGAUCCGAUUUAUUCAGACAAAAAGAAGCAACUGCGGGCCAGGAUGGAGUCGAUCCGCAGCACUAUCCAAGAGAUGAUCAGGAAAAACGAGCAGGUCCCCGAAAUGGAGCGACUGGAGCUGAAGGAGUUCAACGUGGACGACGACAGGCAGAGGAUGUACGAUGCAGCCUUGGAUGAAGAAGUGUCUCGGGUGAGGGAUAAAAUUCGGAUGGAGAUUUUAGAAAGAUGCUACAAGCGUGAUGUCAUCAAGAGAGACUGCUGGGAUUCUCUGAAAGUUAAAGACAGAGCUCUAAAGGCUUUUCAUACGGAGCACGAGGUGACAAACUACCCGCUCAAAGAGCGACCGCAGGCCGAGUUGGCUGCCCUGCGAAGAGUUGAAAAUUGCAGGAGGGAGGAACUGGCGGCAGCCCAAGAAAAACGUGCGGAGGAAGAAGCCGACGAUUUCUCGGAGGGCAGUGGAGUAGCGAGCAGCUACUCGGCCGAGCUGGGACUGUCACAUUCUUACCUCUACGACCAGUUCAGCUUGCACACCACCCAGCAGAAGCUAAACCAGAUCGUUCUGCUUCAGGAUGUGAUCUACCAAAUCAAGGUAGCUCUCAACACCCAGUUUGACAAGGUGUAUACGCAAAAAGUGCAGGAGAUCAGCCGCGUCAAAGAGAGGAACAAGCAAGUGAAGGAGGUCUUGGAUGAACUGGAGCUCCAAGAGGAGCUGUGGGUGCCCGUCCUGAAUGACCGGGAGGUGCCCGAGAGGGUGUUUGUUGUGGACGACUCUGAGAUCAAGGCAGAAAAGUACCUCACCCCUGAAGAGGAGCAGGAAGAGGAACGGAAGAGGCAGGAGGAACAAAAGCGUUUGGCGGCCAAGAGCGACGAUGUUCGGGAAAGGGCUCUCGAUGACAUGAUGGAGGGCGUUCUGGAAGUGAAAAAAGACAGUUUGCUGAAAGCGGAAGUACCCCAGCCCGAGUUUGUUCUGGCCAAACCUAACAACGAGUGGAGCGAAGAAGAGAAAAAGCAAUUUAAAGAAUAUGAAAAGAAAGUCAAAGAGUUGGACACAGAGAAGGACAAAUACAGAAAGUCCCUGGAAAAUGAAAUCAAAAGCCUUCAGAAAGCUACCAAAGACGCCACUGACCGCUUUGAUGAAGGUUUGAAAAGGCUCUUUGAGAUGAAAAUUAAAUCCGACAUGGCCAUAUGUCAGGAAGAACUGAAGAUUAAAACUCUCAAUUACUCGGUGCUCAUGGAAGAGAUUAUGAAGAAUGAAGAAAUGGAGCUGGCGCAAAAACUUAAAGAAAUGUCCGCACAGAGGAUAAAAAUGGGCAAAGAGCUUGAGGAGUUUGAAAAAGAAGUGGAAUCGUUCCAGGAAAGUUAUGAGAACAUUGUGGCAGAUGACAAAGCUCAGGACAAAGACUUUAGGAAGGAGUUUGCAAACCUGCAUAAAGCUCAUGUUGAUCAGCUGUAUAAACUCUUCAAGCGAAGACCAAGAGGUCACAGGAAAAAUGCCAUGGAUGAGUUGGACUCUCAUCGAAACAUGCCGGAGGGACUGAACCAGCCAGUGUGGGAGAAGUUUUGUCAAAUCCGCCGAACAAAAAUAGACACGGAGCAUAAGAUCAAAUCCACAGCGGCCACUCUAGCUGAAAUGCAAGCGAGUCUGCUCAAGAAGCGAGAAGAUGACGAGACCGCCGAGCGGGAAAUCGAGUUUCUCACAACGGAACUUGAAAACCUGCGUGAGAAGAAGCAGAACUUCCUGACAGACAUCACGGUCCAGUUCCUGCUCAAACAAGGCCAGGUCGAGGUGACCAACAUGGACCUCAUCCCCGACUACAGCGACUCCAUUCUUAUCCACAGGAGCAAAGUGGAAGAACUCAACCAAAUGAUCAGGACCCUCGGCGAGCAGAAGAUAACCACCAUGGUGCAGACCAAAGACUUCCGUAAGGGUAUCAUCCAGGUGGAGUGGGACAACACCAUAAGGAGGAUGCAGAUAGAGGAUCUCAAGAACAAAGAAUGGGACAUCCAGAAGCUGCGUCUCACAGAGGACCACAAAGAGUAUCUCAAGACAGACACCGACAGUCGCGUGUGCAAGCAGGCGAUAUCGCUGAAGGAGGCUCAGUCCCUGCAAACGAAGGCUUAUCAGAAGGACGUAAAGACUCGCAAACAAAAAAUCAGACACCUCCGAGCUCAGACGACCAUGAAGGAACAAAAGAACGGCGUUUUGGACAAGCAGGUCCAGGACAUGCACGUGACUGUGUCGCAGAUGAGACACGUCUACGAAGCCUCGGCUUCGGAAGAAAACGAAGCGCUGAACGCGGAGCAGCGCUACCAGGAAGUCCUGCUGGUGCAGCGGCUGAAGGACACGGCCAGGUUCCAGAUGGAGAAGCUGGCCUUCCUCAGCACCGAGGUGCAGCAUUUGAAGAUGAGGAACGUCCCUUCGCUGAUGCAGAUCAAAUACGACUAAGCCUCACGCAGGCAACCAGGUUUUAUUUACACUUCUCUUGAAUAGACCCUAACUAUAUCAAGCGACAAAUAAAGAAUGCCAUAAUAUUGAA